UGGGUGGGGAAAGGCAUAAAUACUGGGCAGCUUCCCUCAAGUUGUGAAAAGAGAGCUCUGAUGUACUGUUGAACUCAACCCACCUCCAAACCGAUCAAUGACGUUCCGGCGAUGCACUGCAAUCGCAGCAGCACGCGUCAGCCAGCGCGAGGCAGGCGCCAAAACAGCUGACUGGCAGCCCCGCGCCGAGAAAGUGUGAAGCUUUGGCCAUCUCUGUUCAGCGCUAGCCUGUUCCGGAGCGCCAGCGGGCUUGGCAGGCUUUCACACACACAUCCUUAAAAAAGAGCGGGAAAUCCCAGCCCCACCAUGCGAGGGAAAGGAAAGAUUCUUGACGGGUUCGCGCAAGACCACCCGAGUGUCGCUUUUCCUCCUGCAACCCACCCCCUCCUCACACAUCACCAUGGCCAGCACACUCAAUAUGAACGGCGAGGACCCCGUCGAACGGCCUCAGCAGAUCCGCGACAUCAUAGGAGGUCUCGAGCGGUACAACCCCCAGGCCGCUGAGGUCCUCGAGGCCUACCUCCAGCAGCAAUGUGAGGAGAAAUUCACCGACUGCAACGCCAACAGGGCACUGUUGAAGCUGUACCAGCUCAACCCAGACAGGAUCAAGGACGAGAUCGUCACCAAUGUCCUCGUCAAGACAAUGACCCAGUUCCCCUCCCCUCAGUUCGACCUUGCCCUUCACCUCCUCUCCCCAUCAUACUCCAACCCCGGCCCAGGCUCCUCUUCCGACCUCGCCGAGGCUGUCGCCAAGCUUAGAACGCUCAACAGCCACCUCGAGGGCGCCAGAUACGACCACUUCUGGGCCACCCUCGAGAGCGACGACAUCUACGCGGACCUCACCACCGACAUUAAGGGUUUCGAGGAGAUCAUCCGCGUCAAGAUCGCCCAGCUCAUCAGUCUCGCCUUCCGUGAGAUUAAUAUCAGCGUCCUCGAAAGCUACCUCGGUCUCCGCAGCGAAGCCGAGGUCAAGACCUUUGUUACCGAGACCUGCGGCUGGAAGGUCGGUGACGACGGCAUCGUUCACAUUCCUAAGAACUCUGAGAACGAGGCCAAAAAGACUGAGAUCCGCGAGGACGUCUCCAUUGAUAUGUUCAGCCGUGUCAUCAAGAGGAGUUGGGAGGAGAAUGCUUAAAAACACCAAACUACAAAGAUACCAUAUUACACACUAAUGAAAAGGGUGUUUUGUGUGAUGGGAAACGGUUCAUUGUAGAGUACUUUUUUCAGACGAAGCGGUACUUUCCUUUUUCUGUCUAUUGCGUCUCGCUGCUGCGGCCGGUUACCCCUUGUUUUGCAUUCUGGCGGCGGAAAAAAAAGCCAAAAGCUUCUGGCGGCGUUCAUGGGAUUUUGCGGAAGCGAUUCGGGGAUAAAAGGGGGGAACAAGGGCCUUGGAAGAAGGUUUUAUACUGGGCUUAGAGUUGAUCAUUAGCCUUGGGCCAUAUUCACAUUAUACCUCUGGACAAAAAAAGAAGAAAAAUAACCCAAAUAUGCCAUACUCUGUCCUAUGCUGCUUGUCAUGUUGAAUGGUUUUGGUGUUCCCUGACUGGGCAUCUGUAGACUCUGAAGGGGGGCUGGUGUACUAU